CGAGAUCGUUUGGUGAAACGUGCCUCAAUUGAAAUAAUGCUCAGAAACUGGAAAAUUGAGUAGUGAAAUUGUUCCGUUCCCCACGCCCACCAAAGCUACACACAUAUAUAUACAAUCAAGUGAACACAUGCUGGAAUUGUGAUCAUGGAAGCGAACACUCUGAAUAGAGCUGAACCCACCGGCGGCAGCAGCAGCAGCAGCAGCAACUGGUGCUGCAUCAUGGACAAGCUGCCCAAGGCAGCGGUGGCCAUCGGGGAUGGGCCGGCGCCCACCCAGCCAACGAAGCUGUUCGAAUGGCUGUGCGCGAAGAAUCUGCCGCAGCUGGAGGAUGAAACGCCGCCGAUCGGCUUCUAUGAGGUGCUGGAGCAUGCGGAGAUCGCGUUCCAUUGCACGCGCUGCGACAAGCUGAUGAUCAGCCUGGAUGCACAGUUGCUGCAGCGGACCAUCGGUACCCAGACACAGAUACGUGCCCAACUGCAGGCCGAAACACAGACGCUACGGACACAGCUAGCGCACGGGCAACAUGCACAGACCCAGACCCACAGACAGAUCCAGGGGCAGGCCGACAGCGAGACACAGACGCAGACGCAGGCUACCAACCAGGAGACGCUGUUGUUGCCAGUGCAGCUGAUGGGCAGCGCCAGUGUGCCGCAGCAGCGAUCCGUGCUCGACGCAUUCCAGGAUGUGUGGCAGCUGCGCCUGCGCGGACGCUCGCUCUGGUCGCUGCUAAAGACGCUCCUGGUGCUCAUCUCGCUGCUGCACGGCUGUUAUGUGCUGGGCGGCAGCCUGCAGCGGUUGCCCGUAUUGCGGCGCCUGGUCCUGACGGCGCAGGCGAUAUGCCAGCCGCCGCCGCCGCCGCCGCCCCAGCCGCGCACCCUGCCCGCCUUCAUUUGGAGCCAGCUGUGCCGCUUGGCCCGUAAGCUGCGCAUCGUCUGACCGCGCUGCGCUCCUGUACAUCUGCGCACCGGCAGAUUGUCUGUUUGAAUAGUUGCCUGCGUCUGCUCUUUAUACUUUUACUACUUCUCCUGCCCCUCCGUCUACUCCUACUCCUCCUCCUCCACCAUCUACUUCUACUUCGUUUAUUUUGUGCUAUUUAUAAAACGGGGCGUACGCUAUUUUAAGCAACACAGGCCCGUUCCCGGAGCCGGGCUUGCGAGAUAGCGUCGACAUAGGUAAAGCCACUUGUUUGAUGUGUUCCUGUUGCCACAGUUGGUAUUUGUGUGUGUGUGUUGUUCCAGACAAAAGACAACAAUAGCCGAGACCUAGAUUACACCCAGCCGAACAAAAUAUCUGAAUUUAGAAAUUUUCAUUGUGUAGCCGGGGACGGCGUUGAUAACGACUUGGACGGCAACUCAAAUUUAAGGUCAAUACUUGUAGCAUCAACCAAUGCAAAGUAUACAUAUAUGUUCAAAAAAAAACAAACACAAUAAAUGC